CAAAACGGCGAUGGUCGAUAUGUAAAUUUACACUGAUGACUAUGAGAGCAUUUCAAACCGAGAGAGAAAUAGCGGCAUGACUUAGCGACACAGACACAGGCAUACAAGUAACGCUAAGACCAGCCUCUUUCAACCGACCCAUGAACUCUACCACCUUCGACUUCAUCCCUCAACCCUCCAAGUUUGAUAGCCAGCUGGUCAAGACUCAUUCCUGAAGUGGGUAGUGCACCUGGGGCUUCGUGGCCAUCUGGGACCACUGAUCGUCAUCUAGCAUGGACGAAUAUGCUCCCUGCAGCUUGGAUUUCUGUCUGCCCUUGGCUGUCUUCCUGGGCCUCCCAGCCAACUAUGUCCAGGAGUCUGCCCUUGAUCCUGGAUAUAAGGAGGGUGCUGUUCUGAUACGGUCGGAACCGCCACCUGUUGAAGGAGAGCAGGUCGCAGCCCUGAUUCAGCACAUCCGGAACUCGGAUGCAUCUGGGCUACCAUGGAACGGGAGGGCCACGGCCAACGUGAGAUACAAGUUCAGGUUCAGGACCGCUGGAAGGAGUUAUCUCCUUCCCCCCAAGCUGGCUGGCCUCCCAGAAGAUUUCGAGAUUCCACCGUCUCAGGCCGUCCUCCACUCGCCCUUCUCGCCCCUGAGCCCCUCAUCCACCCUCUAUCCCGACGGGCUGAUCGAUACGACCUGGCUUAAGAAGCAUCAGGAGUUAAUACCAAGCGUGUUUCUGUGUCUCUACAGUCUCACGGCAGACGCGACUUUGGCAACUCUGCACGACAAUAAGAUCAAGACCGAUAUUGGCGUGCUGAGAAACGCGAUCGCGCAGUCUGGGUGCAAGUCGAAGCUCGCUGUCAUCAUCCUGGUGGACAACUCGUCUGGGGCACAGGAGAGGUUGGAGAACAUACGCAGAGGCAGUGGGCUCGAUCCCAAGUCCUUCUUCGCCACUCCGACAGGCGCGUCGCCUGAGGAGCUCGGUCGGAUCCUCGACAAUGCCCUAACAACCAUCUAUGCGCAGGCCAUUGAUUACUACCGCGACCAUGGCAAGCAGGCCAGGAAGAAACGGGGUCGUGGAGUAGCUCCUCAACCCACCGUGCCACCCACAUCCGGCACCUCUCAAACCCUAUCGCUGGCGGGCUGGCAGGUGCGCUACGAUUUCAAGUCUGCUAUCUGGGCCGAGUACCGUCAGGAGAUGGAUGCAGCCCUGCGGUCGUUUGAGCAGGCGUACGAGAACCUUUUCGGACCCGAGGUCAUAGAGGUUAUACCAAGCUGGAGUCCCAGGUGGAACCAGGCCAGACUGCUGGCAGACAUCAUCGCCGUGAGGUGCAUCCGCUGCUUGCUAUGGAGUGGCCAACACACCGCUGCUGUCCGCCGCUGGCAGUCCCACCGGGACAGGGCGACCGAUCUUGUCGACCGGCUCGGUCAUGGGACCAACACCUACGGCUGGGAGGCCUGGGAGGCACGCUGGGCGGUGCUCAUGGCGAACCUCAUCGAGAAGGCUGACAUUCCCGAUUUCGAUCACUCCGUCGCCACCAUUUUCUUGCCACCAGAGAAGACAGCGCUGGCAGAAAGAUUGCAGCCGUGGGAGCUGCUCCACCACCCAGGCUACUGGUAUCGUAUGGCGGCUCGUCACACCUUUGCCCGGCGCAGGCUUGCCUACUCGAUGCCCGAGGACGAUAGGAGGUCGCCUAGUCAGUCUCCAGCUUCGAAGCUGGCAUCCAAAGCCUUCACCUACGACAACUACAUGUGUCCAGAGCCGUACGAGGAACUGCCCUUGGCCAGCUCAGGGGUCAACCAUUCUCAGAUAAUAUUAGACCAGUUGCUCUCUGCACAGUCUUACUUCGUCAAAAAGAGACAGCAGCGCCUGGCUGCCGAGGUUUCUUUGGAGUGCGCCAAGGAACUCGCCACGGUAAAGGACUGGGAACAUGUCGUCAAGAUCUUGCGUCCAUUCUGGGACGAGAUGUCUUUUCGGCGUGACGGGUGGCCAGAGAUUACCGAGGACAUGUGCUGGGUCUUGAGAACUGCGGCAGUGGAGACUGCGCAGGCAGACUUGGUGGUCUCCAUUGAUUGGGAGCUAUUGAACCAGAGGUUUCCGAAACGUUCCAACUGGCAUUACGACCUAUCAAAAUCCCUCGAAGGAAUUGACGCACCCAAGCCUUCAAUUGAGGUCAACGACGAAUCAGGCACCUCUUUUCUGACGGCUUCCUUCGUCUUCCGGCAUGAGGAGGGCAAGGCUGGGCAGAGGUGUCAGGCUCAGCUGUCUAUAAAGUCAAAUGCCGCUCCAGGUUCUGCGCCAGUCGUCCUGGAGAGCAUUCUUCUUCGGUUCGAUGGCAGCAUCAAACCAAUUCUCUUAACGCAUAGCCCGGGACAUGUCAACAAAGGUCCUGAUCGAGAUGCUGUCUCUAUGAGCUUUCCGACUUUGACCGAGCCCAGCUCCAAUGCGGAGCAGGACGAUGAGGAGGUUCCAAGCGCCGGGUCUGCCUUGCAAAUGCACGGGACCAGCGAUCUGACGCUGGUUGCUGGCCACACUGCCGUGAUCGAGAUGAAUAUACCGUUGAGGGAGCCUGGCGAGGCCAGCAUCUCAUCAGUCACGUUCACAGUCAACACGGACACAUUCACUUUGACACACAAUGCCAGCAUUCAGAACGCUGGGAAAGGCCAUGUCUGGCACUCGGGGACAACAAGGAGACGCAUGGCUCGAACACAUCCGCAAUCCAUACGUGUCCUACCACGACCGCCGAAAAUGGAGAUCAAGGAAACUAACCUCCUCGACCAAUACUAUACCAACGAGACCAUCGAGCUGGAUUUCGACAUCAUCAACGAGGAGGACGCAGACGCAACUGCCAAGGUGGAUAUCACUGUUCUGAGUGAGGACCCGCCAAACUUCAGGCUGAGAGCUGCAGACGGGGCAGAGAGUCGAGCGCUGGCAGACGGCGAGGAGUCGAGUCUCCAGGAUGCCCCCCUAGGCCCAAUCAAUGCCUCUGAAGCAACCCGCAUUAGCGUAAUUCUUACAGCGGCAGAGCGGACGACUGCUUACACAGUGGCGCUGAAGGUAUCAUACAGCCUUGUCACUGAUCCUGCCACCACGAUUAUCCAGUCAGCCACCUAUCGGAUCGCUGUGGCCAGUCCGUUCGAAGCAAACUAUGAACUGCUUCCCCGUCUCCAUCCGGAGCCGUGGCCAAGCCUGUUCGACCACGAGGGGGUUCAAAACACGUCAGCCGAGAGCCCCGUUCCAAGCCACGGUUUAGCUCAAGCAUGGUGUCUCGUGACGCGUUAUGCCUCGUUCGCCUCGGAGAAGCUGAAGGUAACAGACCUGGACAUCGAAAUCGCCCCAGCGCACGGUGUGCACUGUCAGGUCUCGAAGCGGACAGCCCUUCCGGCAGAAGGUCUCGAGGUCAGUCCGAAAACGAUCGAGGAGACGCAAUUCGACGUCGCAGUGAAGCGAGCCAGCCUGGACGAGCGAAACCCGAUAGGCCUCGACGUCUCCUUCGCAAUCGAGUGGGCUCGAGUUGAUAGCGAGCCGGGCACUGUCAACCGCACACUACUCGCGGUUCCGAGGCUCCCCGUCUUCAACACAGAACCCCGCGUCCUCGCGUCUGUGUGCUACACGGAUGGACAGAAUGGGGAGGACAAGGCCCUGAUGCUGCUGGACAUCACGAUCGAGAAUGCCUCGAAUCACUUCCUGACUUUUGGGCUGACAAUGGACCCAAGCGAUGAGUUCGCUUUCUCGGGUGCGAAGCAGACGACGUUAAACCUGCUGCCGGUCUCGCGGAGGACGAUGACCUACCGUCUACUACCGCUGGUCAAGGGCGGGAGCUGGGUCAGGCCUAACCUGACGGUGAGGGACAAGUAUUUCCAGAAGGUGUUGCGGAUCGUACCGACGGAGGGCCUGAAGAUGGAUAAGGAUGGCCUGCUGAUCUAUGUUCCACCGGUCCACGGAGACGAAUAGGAACAAGAACAUAUCAAACCCC